UGGCGUCAAAACUAUUAUGCAUCGAUUUUUAAUUACGUCGCGUUACACCGCGGAUACAGUCUGGGUCAACUGCCCUUACUGUCUUGAAGAGCAUCAAUACACGUACGAUGUGCUUGGUGCGAUUAGACAGUUCGCAGAAUUCAAGGAUCGGAGUCAAAAGGACCGUGCUAGGCGAUGCGUUAAAGUUGUGAAGCCGAACCUACUGUUUUUUCGCUUUGUUUGGGAAGUCGGAAAAUGGCGCACAUCAUCCGUGAUCGUUGAGACAUACACAGAUUUAGAAGCAAACUACCUCCGUUUCCGUACUGUAGGACUAAAGAACCAUAAAACGACUGAGAAUGACUUAAGUCUGGAAACAGCUAAGGUCAUGGAGGACCUUGAGCAAAUGGCUUUAGGUGCUGAUGAGCGUCCGAACCAAGAACACAUUAAUCGUCUUUGUAUCGCCUACGACACCAACCAAAUGCGGUCAGUGGUCUCAUUACUCAAAACGUUCCCUGAGCUCAUUAAUAUAUCGGAUCGCUACGGAAAUACCGCUUUACAUCAUGUCGCAUGCAAAGGUCACAGGAGCUUAGCCCAGUUUCUGAUGACCAGGAAGGGCGUGAAUCUGGAUCAUGCAAAUGCCAUAGGAAGGACUCCUUUGAUGGAGGCUGCAUUGUGGGGUCAGAUCGACGUGGUGCAGACUUUGUUGAAUCACGGAGCAAAGAUGUUGCUAAGCGCAUCAAGAUGCUCACAAAAGCUCACGGCCUACGAUUUUGCCGAAGACACGAUUGCAAAUGAGAAGGAGCGAUAUAAUAGAAGAGCCUUACUAGAGUCCAGUGCACCACAGCUGGAGCUUCCACGCUACCAAGAAAUGCAGGACCGUCAGACGAUCCAAGAAUUGCUGGCGGGCUGCGGGCUUGAGCGAUCAAAAUUUGAAGCUGCAGACGAAGUUGCGUUUGUCAAAGCCUACACCAAUGACGAUAACAUGCUAAUGACUUGGUUCCUUGAUAUCAGGACAGGAGUGCCAAUUAGCGAUUGCAGGAAAACAGUCGCGCGGCUCGACCGCGGCAAUUUGCUUCCAGUGACUUACUCUUGCAGUAGACGGACGAGGAGGGAUCGACCUGAGCGUGGAUUCCAUAUUCUAGACGAGAAAGAGAUGGAGGAAGUGGUGCUAACACUUUCUAAACUGUUGGACUAUCCAAUGGAUCCUUAUUUCAGAUCUCAUGCCGAGGUUCAAUUAAUGGCUCAUUAUGUGCAACAACAUUGUUUACUACCAGGGCUCCGACAAGAUGGUAAAGCGAGCGAGCAACUGUUAUCACUUGCCCACCUACAACAGAGUCUUGGGAUGCAUAAGGACAAGCAUUCUUCACGUUUCGAUGCAAGCAUACAAGUUGCACAUGCUUCUGAGGUGUGUUCGAGCUGCACUAAUUUGGCAAAGACAAUCAAAGAGAGACUCGGAAUUCGCUUUGAACUCAGGCUCGUCAAGCAAUUAGAGACUAAUUAAGUUA